AUGGACGUCCAAACAGCGCCAAUCGACAUAAAACCAACGAUUCACUCCCUCAAUGGCUUCAAAGACGCGCCUCUAACCGUUCCAAAUGGCCAACCGAGGCUGACAGACGGCUUACCACCAAAUGGAAUCGCACAUGAAAUGGGAAACGAUGUCAAGCAUUUACAAGACGAUGCGGAAUGGCCGUCGCUGCAGGAUUUGGAAAAGGAGCUCCCUCAAAUUUACGACGGGCAAGUGUCUGUAGCACACGUGAUGCACCAGCUCGUACACGAUCUGUAUUCUCAGCUAACAAACAUUGCCGAAACUCUAGGACGCGCGUCGGAUACCGUCAAAAAGGCAAGACUGCAGCAAUGGCUCUCGCUAGCCCACAAACAGGCAUCCAAGGUCUACGUUCUUGCCAAAUGGAGUCGAAACGCCGAGGACAUCCAAAAAGCGAUGAACAUUGCAGCCUUUUUGCGGACUCAAGGAGAGCAGAUCAUUUGGGCCACAAAGGCCCUACAUUCAGUGCAAGAUGAAGCCCACCGACUUCGUGUGCGGAAUCCGGAUCUGUUGACGGCUCUGGAUGUCCUAACUACUGGUACCUACACGCGCCUCGCCUCGAUUCACCAGGAGACGUUUGUAAAGAAGAAACCUCUAAGCAAUAAGGAAGUGGCGCAGGUCUUCAGUCAAGUAGAAGAUGUCAUGAGAAUGAGGCUACUGUGUCGCGAUGUCAUCCCCGUCGAGAUGCGUCGUUGGCGGAUAGAAGACGGAAGGACGUUCUUCACCGUACCUCAGCAGUUCGAAGCCUCGAUGAUUAUGACUGGUGCGCAAAAGGACGACGUUUGGGCAUUUGUUCAUGUCGAGUUUUUGUUCGGUGUCCCGGAGGGUGAGCGAAAGGGGAGCAGAGAGUUCCCAAGGCGACCGCCAAAGGUGUUCACAGACGAUCUCUCAUUCCAGAUACGCGACAUCAUCAUGUCACCACCGCUUCCUGUCCUUAACUACCCUAUACCUGAUGCGCCACUUGCAAGUGCUGUAGUGGAUGCACCCCUUGUUCGAGUCUACAACUUUCUUCAACUCUUAUCGUUAACUUAUCAACUGGAAAUCUUGAUAUAUCAAGCAACUCAACUUUUAGACUGCGGUUGGAAAGAAACGCUCAAAGUCAGGGUAUCCGCCAACCGACGGAGUUUGACCGUCCAAUACUGGGUGCGAGAACCACCUCAGGUCAGCCGAAACCCCCAAAUUCCCAUGCCGAAGCCCGUCCCACUGAGCGGUGGAGAGGUUACCAUCUCAAUAGUCAGCUCAACGGACCCUAUCGACCCGCAACCUCAGGGGCCAUUCCCUCCUUUCGGUUACCCGACUGCCAUGACUUCGGCCACAUCCUCAUCUGCGCAGGCCACCCGAAAGCGAUCCAACUUUCGAACGCCAGUGGACCAGUUCAAGGCCGAGAUGGAGAAUCGCCUCAAGCUCAAAGGUGCCAAAGCGUCCGACGAAGUCGAGCAUUACAAGUUUGAAGUCCGAUGGAAACCUCAACAAGGAGCUUUGGGGGUCGUUAUCAAUUUGCUCGCUCUCGACCACGAGGGACUCGAGAUUGAUUCCAAUUGCCUCGACUUUGAAGAUCUCUUGCGGAAGAUCCUUCGCCGACAUGCAAAUGCCAUCAUGGCCAGGCAUGUUGAGACGGUUGAAGGCAUCAUUACGUCGGAGGGUUUACGUCUCUUCCCGCAUCCGGGAGACGUCGUGUUUAUGCAACGAGGCGAGGACAUGGUUCUCCGAGUUCAACUCGCUGGUGAUCAACACAUGAUGGUCGCCAUGGAUAUUCAACACGGCCGAUAUGUCAUCUAUGAGUCUGGAGAUCUAGGCGCAGUCGUUCGUGGAGGACGUUGGCGCAUCUGCCAACUGCGAGUCAAUCUCGACCCAGCUUGCGUCCUUGAGAUGUGCUCUCGAAUACGUGGUACGGCUGUCAUUGAAAUGCUAGAGACGCGCGCAAAUCUUCUCGGUCUCACCACCUUUCGACACCGGUAUCUCAUCAGUACGUCCCUCGCGCAACUAGGGCAAAACACUGGUAUACUCUUCAUCCAACUUGCCAAAUUUCCUCAGCAUUAUGCCGUCAUACUCCUUGCGGAAGUUGGUCUGAGGUUUGCGCUCAUCGAGGUGCAUGAAAUGAUGAGUGAAUAUGGAACGGGCACGGGCGAGUAUUCCAUUACCGACAUCGCCUGGGUACAAGCGGAGCGAUUCCUUGGACUUGUCACUCCAGAUAACCAGCCUGUUCUACGAGCGCAGCCCUCUCACGACGGGACCGCGGAUGUGUUGAUGGGGGACAAACAAAAGGAAGAUCUGGACGUAGGAAUCAGACCCACCGGUCCCAUUCAAUACGACCCGUUGGAUAUGUCGAUUCAACAAAUUCGCGAUCUUCAUGCGUAUUGCCGUGCUCGCGUCGCGCAUCUGCUCAUCGAGUCGCAGCUCAAAGCCCGCAACAUUCCCUGUGUACAAGUCCAUCCUUGUCGCUCCAAUCAUUCUCGUCCUUUGCAAGCGACGUCGUCUACGAACCAACGUGGUGGUGUCGAAAAGCGCGCACCGCUUAGGUCACCGCUGGAACCUCAUCUUCCGAUUUUGAGCGUGCGAGCGACGGAUAUGCUUGCUGGGGCAAGUGCCGCAGAAGCAGCGAUGCCCAAUAUCCGCAUCGAACCUACAGAGUGGUGGUCGUUGGACAACGAGUGCAUGGUACAUACCAGUGUACAGCUCAAGUACGUGCAGCCGUUGGAGGGCGCAAAGGGGAAUGCGAGCACCAACGAUGGCAAGCUGAUCCGACCGUCGGAGAACAUCUCAUAUGAUACAAAGACGAGCGUGAUCACUUUCCUCUCUAAGCGCGUUGGUGACUGCGUGGAUGAAUUCCUCAAAGAGUGGGCCAGGGUGUCAAAGGUUGUCAUCAUUGCGCGACAGAUCUCAUUGAUGCCGGACCGCAAAGGAUGGAAAGAUGUUCGCAUAUUAUCCUUCGACCUUCAAACGGUCGAAUUCGCUUAUUAUCAGGAUUACUCGUUGUCAAUCACCUCCGUCGAAGGUCUCUAUCGCCUCUCAUUCUCCCGUGUUCCCUCGGCUGUGAUACAGUCGUUGAGUCGAACGAACACUAUUGACGCGAUGGACAUCUCGCAAGAGGACACUGAACGACCCAUUGUCCGCAACGCGCAUGAGGACUCUUCGCGUUUCGCUCAAGAUUUGCUCAAGGAUGACCGACUCGGGAGCUCGGUCUUUGAGCUCGUUGGAUUCCUUCGGCUCACCAUUGGCAUCGUGGAAAUGCUCGACACGCUCGUUUUCGAAAAUGGGGAAACCACCUCGGCGCCUUCCACUACGCCGACAAAACGCGUCAAUCCACGAUUUGACAUUGUGGUCAAAGCCGCUGGAUGGUGGCGAUUGCGGUACUCGCAAGGGAAAUUAUUUGGACCUCCAGAGGAGAGCAAGGUGUACGCGAUGGACGUUCGACUUGUCAACGGUAGGAUCUUGAUCGUGGAUGGAAGUGUCGACCUGAGGAAUGGCAAGCUGGGGUCCACCGCGCCAAGCUCUGAAGCUACGUCUGCCGCUCCUGCUAGGGAGCGUCAUGGACUCAGUGCACUACUUCCGGUUCCAAAGAUGGAGGAACAUGUCACAGCUGUGCUGAAUGACGUGAAAGCAUUGGGAGUUCCGAGCGAUGGUGUGCUCCCGGUCAGCUAUGGUCACGCCAUCAUCUGUGGGUGUAUUGGCGCACCAGAGCUAAUUAAGCGCCUCCACGAGAAGCUCCUCUCGAGUCUCUAG